CUGUAUGCGACAUCCUGUGGUAUUGAGGUGCUCGGGCGGCGAAGGAGAGGGCAUCGCCAAACGCGUGACCAAGACACGUCUUGACCACGCCGGUGCUCGACGUCAUGCUACUCUAAACGCCCAUGGGGGAACUGGCACCCCGACCGCUGCCCUCGAUACUACUUCUUGCGCUGCUGCCCGUUGCAGCCUGGUUCGUCGUCAGGCCAUUGCUCGACCCAGUACCUCCCAUUCCGGCCCUGUACACUUGCUUUGGAUUCUCAAUAUUCGCGCUCUUGGCAACAUUAUAUCUGGUUCCUGCCCUUGGGCCCACCUUUGUCAAGGCCAAUUUGAAGGGAAGGGACUUGCUGAAAGUAUACCACACACCAAUCCCAGAGAGCCUUGGACUUGUUUGUGCAUCGGUUUACAUCCUGGUUUUGCUCCUCUUUACACCGUUCGCAUUCUCGGACUCUCUUUCUCACAAGGCGACAGCGCAUGAAGGCAUAUCUGUUGCCGAGUUCCCUCUACAUCAACUGUCGGUUUACCUUUCAUCUAUUCUCUCCCUCCUCAUCGCCACUCUACUCGGAUUCCUGGACGAUGUUUUCGACAUACGAUGGCGUCACAAGCUUCCCGUACCAAUAAUCGCUUCCAUACCCCUUCUGAUCGUGUACUUUGCUGCGCGCGGUAAUACACAUGUCGUCGUCCCUCUUCCUCUUCGAUGGGCAUUUGGGACCCUGGUGAACCUCGGGCCUCUAUAUUAUAUGUACAUGUCUCUGCUCUCCACUUUUGCGACCAAUAGUAUCAACAUCAUUGCUGGCAUCAAUGGGUCCGAAGUCAGUCAAGCAUUGAUCAUUGCGGCAUCCGUCAUCUUGAACGACCUUCUCUAUCUUCCCUGGCGAAUGGGAUUCCGUUUACCGCUUCAUCUGCUGGGGAAUAAAACCGACCUUGAAUUCGGCGGUGUCUGGAGUGCUGGCAUGGCGUAUGGAAGCAAGGUGCUCGUAGAAAGACACCUGCUCAGUCUGUAUUUCAUGAUGCCGCUCGUGGCUGUUUGCCUGGGCUUCUUAUAUCACAACUGGUACCCUGCAAGAGUGUUUCCCGGCGAUACGCUGUGCUAUGUCACGGGAAUGGCCUUUGCCGUCGUGGGCAUACAGGCGCAUUUUUCCAAGACGCUGCUGCUCUUCUUUAUUCCGCAGGUGUUCAACUUUAUGCUCUCUUGCCCUCAAUUGUUCGGCUUGGUGCCGUGUCCUCGGCACAGGGUCCCUAGGUUCGACGCGGAAACAAACCUCCUUCAUCCGUCCAAGGCCGUCUUUCUACGUCCACCGUCUGAACUGACGACCGUCGUACUAAAAUUUAUGUCCGCACUCAGGCUGACCGAUACUACCAUACAUCCCACCUCUGGGAUAAUACUAGAGACAACGAAUUUGACGAUUCUAAACUUCUUCCUGCUCCAUCUUGGUCCGAUGAGUGAGAAGAGCCUCGUAAAAGUCCUAAUGUGCUCUCAGGUUGCCGGGAGUAUUUUCGGCUUUGUCGUUCGAUAUGGCCUCGCUGGAUUGGUGUAUGAUGGCGAUAGACGGUAAGGAGCGCCACUCCGUGAUAAUCAAUAAAGAGAAGGUUCGCCACAGCAAAUGCGAAACGGGGGUGCGGGUGGUCGGAAGGGUCACGGACGCCCGUGCAGAAAGCUGCUAAGGGUUGCCUCCGCUUGCCCGCUCACAACUGGUAUCCAAUAGCAAUCUGAUGUUGUAUAUACUUUAAAUCGUAUUCACUGGUACACAAC